AUGCCUCUGAUCGUUCUUCACCCCCUGAUCGUUACGCCUCCUGUUCCUUCCGCUCGCUCCCCCCAGGUGACGGACCCGUCAGGGCAGCAGCUGCACUGGCAGCAUGAUGUGGCGGAGGGGCAUUUCGGGUUCACAGCGGACGAGACGGGCGAAUUCUCCGUGUGCUUCUGGCUGCCCCACGAGGGCCACCACGAUGUGGCACAGGGGCAUCUUCCCCUUACAGAAAGGCACAUUACUCUGCAUGCUCGCUCCCGCCGUGUCGUGACAGACCCGUCAGGGCAGCAGCUGCACUGGCAGCACGACGUGGCGGAGGGGCAUUUCGGGUUCACAGCGGACGAGACGGGCGAAUUCUCCGUGUGCUUCUGGCUGCCGCACGAGGGGCACCAUGACGCCAAGCGCACUCACAAGAUCGACAUCACGUGGACCACGGGCAAAUCGCAGAAGAGCGUCAGCCACGGUGCUAAAAAGGAGAGGCUCGAUCACUUUGACCUGGAGCUGCAGAAUCUGGAGGACGCUAUCGACAAGGUGACGCAGGAGAUGAGCUUCUUUCACGAACGGGAGCUGGCAAUGAGGAUGAAGACGGAGGAGACACAUGUGUACGUGGCAUGGCUCAGUGUGGCGUCUCUCCUGGUUUGUGGCACCAUCGCCGCGCUACAGCUCUGGCACCUCAAGCGCUUCUUCGAACGCAAGAAGCUGCUAUGA